AUGUUUGUGGAGCAGCAGGAGCAGAGGUUGGUUCAGAGGAGGGAGGAGCAUCAGGCGGCUCUGAACAGAGUGAGGGAGGUCAGAGAGGAGGAGCAACGACUGCAGAGCACAGUCAAGGAGCUGUUGGAGCAGCAGGAGGAGCUGUUGAUUCAGAAGAGGUCUACUGUUUCAGCUCUGAGAGAGGAGGAGCGGAAACUCCUCACACUGCAGUCUGAAGUCAGCACACACAGAGCAGAGCUGAAACAGGUUCUUCAGGAGCUGCUCUUAGAGCAGCAGGCGCUGGAGGAAGUGAAAACCAAACGCACGCAGGUUCUCCAGCGGCUCCACAAGAAGAAGGAUGAACUGGACAGGACGAAGGAAGAGUUGGACAGGACGAUGGAUGAACUGGACAGGAAGCAGGACGAGGUGGACAGGAUGAGGGACGAGUUGAAUGGGAUACUGGAGGAAGUGGGCAAGAGGAAGGACGAGGCGGAGAGGCAGCAGCAGGAGCUGGACAGGAAGAUGGAUGAACUGGACAAAAUGCAGGACAAAGUGGACAGGAAGAGGGAGGAGCUGACUGUGCUGCUACAGGAAGUUGAGUCCCACAGGAAAGAGGUGGAGUUAUGUCUCAGAAACACAAAACAACAGCGAACAGAACUGCAGGAGCUGCAGGAGGAGCUGAGGAGGAGAGGGGAGGAGAGGAGCAGCCUACAGGAGCAGUGUAAACACCUUGAGGCCAGACGGAAGCAUGCCGACCGGUGUCUGUCAGCGGUUGAGGUGGAGCUUGCUAAAAAGAGGGAGGAGCACAGCCAAGCACAGCUUCUCCAAAAGGAAGUUGUCAGAGAUACAACAGCAACUCGGGAGCAACUCAAUGAGAGUGCUGAGCUGCUGUCUCUUCUUAGUGAACGUGUGGAGGAGAGGGAGAAAGAACUGCAGACUCUGGAACAGCAACUGAGCGUGUCCAGUCAGCAGCAGCAGCAGAAAGCAGAAGGACUGAAGGAGCUGGAGGUGAAGAUUCAACACAAACAGGCGCUGUGUGAUGAGCUGGACGAUGUUAAAGCUACAGUGUGUCAGUUGGAGGACAGGGGGCGCCAUCUGACUGAACAACAGCUGCAGCUCAACCACCUCCGUGAGGAGGUGUUGGAGAGAGAGAAACAGCUGCUCCACAAGGAGGAGGAGCUAAAACAGCAGAGGGCGGGCCUACAGGUGAGAGAGGAGGGGCUACUUCAGACAGAGGAGGAGCUACAAAAGAAAUAUGAGGAGCUUCGUGUGAAAGAGGAAGAAAUACACAAGAGACAGGAGGAGGAUCACAGCAGGGACGUGUUGUCAGAGGAGGAUGAGUCUUUCUACCUGUCUACAGCUGGUCUGAGAUCAGCCUUCAGUACUGAGGAGGAGAGGUGGAGGUCUGAGCUGCAGAGAGAAAAACUGAAACAACAAGAAGAUCGACUGAAGGCUCAACUCCGCUGCCGUCUGUGGAACCAGCAGGAGAACCUGAGACGACUGGAGAGCCAGGAGACGACCGAGGGACUGAGACACAGACUGGACCAGCUGGACGCUCUGCUCACACACACACACUGAUCAACAGUUGCUCAGGUGUGUUUCAUCAGGUGUCUGCAGCUCCACCUGCGCUGAAGCUGCUUCAAGAUUCACACAGCAGUCAAUCAUCAUGUGACCUGAACAUCUGGAUGAAUCAGCUGAUCGAGAGCAGGAUGAACUCCACAAACAACAGAUCAGCUGAAGACUUCAUUAAAUGCUCCAUCCGUUCAGAUCCAGAUUCUCUGCCGAACCACUGGAGAAACGUCACGACAGGUUGUCGUUGGGACUAAAAACCAACAGUGAAGUUUCACGUGACAACCAACAUCCUUCACCUGUGUGACUGUUAACGAACACUGAGCUCAGAUCGCAGUGUCAGACACCAGUUAGUUCAUCUUUACAUACUGGUGUUACUGGACUGUGACCUGCGGAUAAACUGUUUGUUAGAUAACAUGAAUGAACUGUCAGUGUGAUGUCAGGACUGAAUAUUCCUGCGGUCUGUGAACACACCGUCUGUGUGAAGAAAACACCGGGAGCUGAAUUUAAAAUGAUCAAAAAUCUGAAGUUUGUAUUUGAAGCUUUUAGUAAAAAUUUGUAAUGUUUAUCUGUGAAUUAAACACUUCCUGUUGAA